GACGUGGAGAGAGAGACUUCAAGCUGCAGAAACUCAGUCGCAGCUGAAACUCACUCCACAUUUCUCCGGAGGACUGUCAGCACCGGGAGCUACGGACCGAGUUUAAACAAGUUAGAGGAGUUAAAGGAGAUAAACAAACCCCCGGUAAAGCACCAGUACCGAGUGGACAUAUGGAAACACUAUGUAGCUGUGAACACGGCGGUGGACUUCAUCACGGUUUCGCUCGAGAGGAGUUGAAGUGAGCUGAGAGAUCAACAUGCUCACCUCGAUGCUGGCCUCACUGCUGCUGCUGCCUCUGAUGCUGCUCUGUAGGAUCACUAUCUGCCAGUAUUCAAGCGACCAGUGCAGCUGGAAGGGCAGCGGUCUGACCCACGAAGGCCACGCCAGAGACGUGGAGCAGGUGUACCUGCGUUGCUCCCAAGGCUCCCUGGAGUGGCUCUACCCGACGGGGGCCAUCAUCGUCAACCUCCGACCCAACAUGGUCUCCCCCGCCGCCGCCCGCCUCUCCGUCUGCAUCAAACCCUCCUCCUACUCCAGCGGCACCAACGUCUACCUGGACCGCAACGGCAAGCUGCGGUUGCUGCUGCGCGACCAGGACCAAGCUCAGGGCAAAGUGCAGUGCUUCAGCAUCCAGGAAGGGGCUCUCUUCAUCGAGGCUGUGCCGCGCAUGGACAUCAGCCGGCGGAUCACGGCGUUCCAGUACGAGCUGGUCAGCGACAGGCUGGGACGAGAGGUGCGCUCACUGGGAGCACCCUGUCAGCCCUGCAGCGACAACGAGAUGCUUCUAGCAGUCUGCACCAAUGACUUUGUGGCGCGGGGCAGCAUCACGAAGGUGGAGAAGGAGGAGGAGCACUCGUCCGUCACUGUGGAGAUCAGCCGCCUCUACAGGCAGAAGACCCAGGUGUUUUUGUCCGGGGGCGUGAGGGUACGGAGGUGGACCGGCCACAUCAAGAUGCCCCUUCAGUGUGGGGUGAGGUCUGGGGACGGCGAGUUCCUCUUCACCGGGACAGUGAGGUUUGGGGAGGCCUGGAUGGGUUGCGCCCCACGCUACAAAGACUUCCUGCGGUUGUAUCGCGAGGCGCAGACGCAGGGGACCAAUCCCUGUCACGUGGACACAGAUUGAGCGUGCUACCUGCCCACGCCUGGAAAUAUGACAAUUCCUCACUGGCUGGGGAGGAGAGCUGAACCGAGAGUUCAUGCUGAGAGGAGAGAGUCUCUCCUGCCGUCUCGUGACUCUUUGGAGACAAAGACUGGAGCUCCUGAAUGUUGCCAAGCAGCAUGCUGGACGGACUCGGCUCUCAAAGUCGAACGUGAUGCAACGUGGAAUGUGUUCGGACUGCCUUUCUCGCAGACGAGUAACUCCCAGGUUUUAAAUGUAGCAAACCUCCCAUUCGGUUUUUAUUUGUAUAAAAUGUGAAUGAACAUUGUAUAUUUUGAAGCUCUGCGUGCUUUGUAAAAAAAAAAAGCUUGAUGUACAGUUUUGAAGUUAUUUCUUAUGACAGAAAUGUAUAAAGUGAAAGCCUCUUAUUUUUAUU